GCAUGCUGUGGCUCAGCACUAAAUAUAGAGAAGAUGUCGACCAACGAGGACUAUGACUGCAUAGUGAUCGGGGCUGGAGUCCAGGGAUCCUUCACAGCCUAUCAAUUGGCAAAAAAGAACCAAAGGACUCUGCUGCUGGAGCAGUUUGUCCUGCCCCACACCCGAGGAAGCUCCCAUGGCCAGACUCGCAUCAUCCGCAAGGCCUACCAGCAGGAUUUCUACACCCACAUGAUGGAAGAGUGCUAUGAGCUUUGGGCCCAGCUGGAGAGGGAGGCGGGUGUAAAACUGUACAGACAAACAGGGCUCCUGGUGAUGGGACCAGAGGAAAGUCAGAGUUACCAGAUGAUUAAGAACACGCUGCAAAAACACAAGGUUUCUAUUGCAAUCCUGAACUCUGACAACUUCUCCCAGCAUAUCCCCAAUGUCAACCUGGCUCUAGGAGAUGGCGCAAUGGUGGACAUAACCGCUGGAGUUCUGUAUGCUGACCGUGCACUCCAUACUGUACAGAGGCAGUUCGAGAAGUUGGGUGGGGUCAUUAGAGACAAUGAACAGGUAACCAACGUCAAGCCUGGCCCAGUUGUGACAGUGACUACCUCUGCCGGUGUGUAUCGAGCCAAGAGUGUGGUGUUCACCGCUGGACCUUGGGCUAACAGACUGCUGGCCCACACUGGCUUAGAGUUGCCACUCACGGUGGUGAAAAUCAACGUGUGUUACUGGAAAGAGAAGGUUCCAGGAUCAUACAAUGUGAAGCAGCGCUUUCCCUGCUUCUUGCUGACUGAGUUUGAGGAGACCAAAGUGGAAAUCUACGGCCUCCCGUCUAACGAGUACCCGGGCCUAAUGAAGAUAUGCUACCAUGGGGGGAGUGAGACGGACCCAGACCAGAGAGACAAGCCGACAAACCGGUCCGAUAUAGACAUCCUCCAACGCUGCGUUGCCCGCUGUUUUCCGGGCCUGGUCCCUGAACCUGCUGUGGUGGAGAGUUGCUUGUACACCCUCACGCCAGACCAUCAUUUUGUGUUGGACUGUCACCCGUCCCACAGCAACAUUGUAUUCGGAGCUGGAUUCUCAGGCCAUGGCUUCAAGUUCGGACCAAUAAUUGGAAAACUACUCUCUGAGCUUGUCCUGGGAGAAGUGCCCUCCUAUGACCUUUCACCUUUUCGAAUCAGACGUUUCCAGGAUAACACCAAAUCAGCAUUAUAGAGCUGGGGCUGGAUACCAAGGGCAUCAACAGAUCACCCAAAGUCUUAUUUCAUUGUGGCAGAUGUAUGAUUUAAUAUUGUCAUGUCAAUUCAGCCCUGUUGUUAAACACAACCACACCACUGUCCUCCCCUUCAUUUGAUCUAUGUGUAUUGUCAGUUUCACAUGGUGUAAUCGUCUUUCUAGCUGUGGUGGGUCAUCAAAAUCAGUGUAUACACACAGAGACAUCUUUAUUCUAUGCCAAAAUAGUCUUAAAGGACUAGUAAACAGGUUUAUUGGCAGAUGUCACUAACUGGCAGAAUGCGGUCCGGAUCCGGACAAAGAACCUCUUCACAUUUUAGUUGAAGACCCCUUGCUCUCUACUGUACUGAUUGAUUGUUGAAGCAAACCGCCAAGACUUGAUGAGCAGUAAAACUUUCUGAUGUUAAACUUUUCUUAUAAGUACCAAGUUCAUUGUACCCCUCAAAGUCAAUUGUCUGGUUAUUUGGUUUCUCUGGAUGGAAUUGCUCUGGUAUCCAACACCAACGUGAAGAAUCUUUGAAGUCUCUUCAACCAGGAUGUGUCCUUUAAUCCUCAGAUAAAACAGACUUCAAGAACUGCCCUGUUUCCCUUAUGUAAUGUAUAAGAAAUUUGGCACUUCUUUUCUGAAAAUGAUUGAGAACUGCAUUUUUGAUUUUGUGAUUUAUAAAGUGAGAUGAAUUGAAUUGCAUAAAGGGUCCUGUUUGCAGUGACUGCGUAACCGUAGUAAGGGUGUAUGUUUUGACCUAGUCUGAGAUGUAGUAUCAGUACAUACUGCGAAAUACAUAAUUAGCUGCACUUUACACAUGCCAUCCCAUCUCUUUAUGGGAAAUUCCCACUUUCCCCUUAACCCCAUAAAUGCAUAUGAAUGACACGGAAAAGCGCAAUUUGCCAUUUUUAGUUUCCGCCACCGGCAGUCUGCUCUUUUACCUCAGUGCGGCUUGUUUGUACAUACUGUUCCUCCACAGAAGGUGAAUCAGUUUGGUCCUGAUGUUCGUGGAGGGGCUCCCGGCCCGGACGGCGGCGUGGGUCUGGUAUCACCGCCCACCGACACUGGAGGCAGCCGUCACCCUGGCAGAGGACCACCUGCCAGGAGUGCUGGAGGUGCGGGCGGCCCGGCCACCUACGGAAGAAACAAUAAAAACCUAUUG